AUUAUUUCUAUUUAACUUUGCACUCGUGGCAGAUUUGGAUUAUUCACACAGUCACCCUCCACUCCACCAAUUCAUUACAUUAUACUCCCUUCAAACUGUGGCCGUUUCUGUGUCGUGUCACUAUAUAAUAUAGUUCAUUCCAUUGAUAAUAAUAUUAUAUUAGUCCCGCCGUGAUAUCACAGUCCAAUAUUAAUGUUAAUCACAAUAUCAUGAUAAUAUAUUGUAAUGUUUCAUACUAAAACAUUUUAAUAUCAAUGAUAAAUACUAAAUAGUAAUAGAAAAGUUCAACUACCUAUGAUUGUAUAUUAGUAAAAGUGAAUUUCGUUUUAUAAUUUUAAUGUUUGUGAGUUAAUAGAAAAAUGUCUAGCAUUUACGCCGAAAAGAAACCAAGUGAUCGGUCCAGGUGGAUAUGCAUAUACCCAGCGUAUUUGAAUAAUAAAAAAACGUUGGCCGAGGGACGUAUCGUACCGAAAAAAUUUGCAGUGGAAAAUCCUACUUACCAAGAAAUUCUCGAAGUGGUUAAGGCAUCUGGUUUCAACGCUGAAGUUGAAAACAAGCAGUAUUCCCGUGAAUGUAGCAAGGAAUGGCACUUUCGUGGUCGGAUACGUGUGCAACUUAAAAAUGAUGACGGAACACCUUUCAACCAAAUGUUUCCUUCGAGAGAGAGUUUGAUGAAACAUUGUGGUGUACAAAUACCAAAACUAAAAAGUCGUGUUAUGAAAGUAGCUGGCCCUGAACAACAUCAAAACAAAAAUGAACCAAGUGGAAGCAAAAAGAAAAAAGGUCGUAAAUAAAAUGCUGCUGAGAAAAUGGUUUUAUUUAAGCUCUUUUAUAUUAUAUUUUUUGUCGUCUUUUUGUUAUGAAUCAAGUUGUGAAAAUUGAUUAUAAUAAAUAAAUACAAUAUUAAAA